AUGGAUGACGAUAUGGUAUUUGAUCCAUCUUUAAAGAAGAAGAAGAAAAAGAAGACCGGUUUCGAUUUAGACGCCGCUCUCGCAGGCGAGCAAGGUGAGAGCACGAGCGUGGAGGCGCCCGCUGGGACGGGUGACGUCGACUUGCCCGAGGAUGAUAACCUCGAUUUGGAUAAUUUUGGAAAGAAAAAGAAGAAGAAGAAGAAGGGAGUCUUCAAUAUGGAGGAACUCGAAAACACGUUACCGGAAACACCCCCGGCUGAAGAGCCGGAACAACAGGAGGACGAAGUUAUUGAUGACUUGGAUCUAGACAUUGACUUCUCAAAAACUAAAAAGAAGAAGAAGAAGAAAAACAUUGAGGAACUCGUCCUUGAAGAUGAUAGUAAGGGAGAAGACCAAGAAAAUGUGGAGGAUGUCAGUGGUGACUUGUGGAGUGGCACAGACCGAGAUUACACGUACGACGAGCUCCUGGAGCGAGUGUUCGACAUCAUGCGUGAAAAGAAUCCUAGCAUGGUCUCUGGCAAGAAACAGAAAUUCAUCAUGAGACCUCCCCAAGUCGUCAGAAUUGGUACUAAGAAAACAUCCUUUGCCAAUUUCACAGAGAUCUGUAAAACUCUGCAUCGGCAGCCUAAACAUUUACUAGACUUUUUAUUGGCUGAGUUGGGUACAAGUGGGUCUGUGGAUGGUAACAGUCAGCUUAUUAUUAAAGGUCGUUUCCAGCAGAAACAGAUAGAGAAUGUCCUUCGUCGGUAUAUCAAGGAAUAUGUUACUUGUCACACAUGCCGUUCCCCUGACACCAUCCUGCAGAAAGAUACUCGAUUAUUCUUCCUUCAGUGUGAAACAUGUGGUUCCCGUUGCUCUGUGGCCAGCAUCAAGUCUGGUUUCCAGGCUGUGACCGGAAAGCGUGCUGCCAUCCGUGCAAAGACUGCAUAGAGUAUUAGUGCUUAGUGAUAAACUAAUUAUACAGUCAUGGAUCUGGGGUACAUACAGUAAUAGUCCUAAUUUGUGUUAUAAUAUUCUCUUGAACAUGUCAGCUGUAAUCUGGUGCUGACAACAAUAACAAUAUUGUUGUGCAAUCAAAAGUAGGUAGACAUAAAUAAUAGAGGUACAUAAUACCUUGAAACCUUUGAUAAUUAUACCUGAAGGUAUGGCGAACUAUUUAAAUGUUAACUGGACUUCUGUUUCUCCCAAUUUUGUGAAUUUGAAUGUAUUGUUUAUUGUAAAAAUAUUAGUGAUGUGCUCAAACAUUAGCAAUUGUUUUUAUUGGUUGCAAAGUGGUAUUGCCUGAAUGUACCCCAUUCUAACCCCUAUAUUUAUGUAUAGCUCACUUCUGUAUUAUUCUCAUUGAUACACAAUGGUUUUAUAAA